AUGGCUGUAUUCACCUUCGCUUCAAUCAUGGUGCUCACAGCCCUACAUCUGCAUACAGCUUCAGGCCAGAGUAACCAGUCAACCGCCGCAUUGAGGCCUGCGCAGACGAGCCUCACUACCAAUCCGGCGCCCGUCUUUACCCUUCCUGCUUCGGCCGACGUGGGCAGGAACAUCCUACCCAACAUCAAGGACCCCCAAGCCGUUGACCCCCAGACGGUGUGCCCAGGUUAUAAGGCAUCCAAUAUCCGGAACGUGGACAGCGCCGUCGGGCCGGCCUUCAAGGCAGACCUGGAUCUCGCAGGGCCACCAUGCAGCGUCUACGGAACCGAUAUCGAGCAUCUCACCUUGUCCAUUGACUACCAUUUUGACGACCGCGUCCAUGUCGAGAUCCGGCCCCGUUACAUCGGCCCGGAAAAUGAGACUUGGUUCCUUCUACCAACACAACUCGUCCCACGGGACAGUGAAAGCUCAAUGGGGAAACACAGAGGCCCUGAGCUGGAGGUGUCAUGGUCGAACGACCCUACCUUCUCCUUUACCGUGAAGCGCAAGAGCACGGGGGACACUCUAUUCUCGACCGAUGGGAAGAUCCUCGUCUAUGAGGACCAGUUCAUCGAGUUCGCCUCCCCGCUUCCCGAGAACUACAACCUGUAUGGUCUCGGCGAGGUUAUUCACGGGUUCCGUUUGGGAAACAACUUGACAAGGACUCUCUUCGCGGCUGAUGUAGGCGACGUGAUUGAUGCCAACAUUUACGGCAGUCAUCCAAUCUAUCUCGACACGAGGUACUUCACGUCCGACGACUCGGGCAAGCUGACCUACGUCCCGAAUGCCACCGACACUUCGGCCGCAUAUGUAUCAUACACGCAUGGCGUUUACCUCCGUAACGCCCAUGCCCAGGAGGUCCUCCUGAGACCAUCCGGCAUCACAUGGCGGGCGCUGGGUGGCACGGUUGACCUGUAUUUUUACAGCGGACCCCAGGCCGACGACGUGAUGAAGACUUACCAUGAGACUAUGACCGGGUUCCCAGCCAUGCAACAGUACUGGACCCUCGGCUUCCACCAGUGUCGCUGGGGGUACAGCAGUUGGACCGUGUUGCAGGAGGUUAUCGACAACUUUGCCAAAGCUGAGAUACCACUCGAGACAAUCUGGACCGACAUCGACUACAUGAAGCAGUACCGUAAUUUUGAGAACGACCCUGAGCGGUUCAGCUACGAGGAAGGCGCCCAGUUCCUAGCCAAGCUGCACGCUAACCACCAGCAUUACGUGCCCAUCAUUGACUCUGCCAUUUACGCCCCGAAUCCCAAUAACUCGAGUGAUGCUUAUCCUCCGUACGAUCGCGGAGUCGAUGCGGAUGCGUUUGUCAUGAACCCGGAUGGUUCAAUCUAUUACGGAGCUGUUUGGCCUGGUUAUACUGUGUUUCCUGACUGGGUUGGCGCUGUGCUGAAUGGCAGCGGCGCUAUUGACUGGUGGAUCAAUGAGCUGUCGAUGUGGUCUGAGAAAAUAGCGUUUGACGGGUUGUGGAUUGACAUGUCAGAGGUUGCUUCGUUCUGCGUCGGGAGCUGUGGCACCGGAAACCUGACGCUUAACCCAGCCCACCCGCCGUUUAGUCUCCCAGGAGAGCCUGGAAACCUCGUCCUGGGUUACCCGGAGGGUUUCGAGCGCACCAACAUGUCUGAGGCAUACUCGGCUCUCUCCUCCUUGCGUGAACAGGAGGCCACAAAGACAGCCGCCGCCCCGAGCCCAACGUCUUUCUACCGCACCACGCCUACCGCUGGAGUAAGGAACGUCGACUGGCCGCCCUAUGCAGUUAACAAUUUUCACGGUGACCUGGCCGUCCACGCCAUCAGUCCAAACGCAACCCACCACGGCGGCUACCUCGAGUACGACUUUCACAAUCUCUUCGGCCACCAGAUCCUCAACGCAACCUACCAAGCCCUGCUCAAAAUUCACGAGGGCAAGCGCCCGUUCAUCAUCGGACGCAGCACCUUCACCGGAUCGGGCCGUUGGGCGGGCCACUGGGGCGGCGACAACGAGGCGCGCUGGGCGUACUUGUACUUCAGCAUCCCGCAGGCGCUCUCCUUUUCCCUGUUCGGCGUCUCCAUGUUCGGCGUCGACACGUGCGGCUUCGGCGGCAACACCGACUUCGAGCUGUGCGCCCGCUGGAUGCAGCUCAGCGCCUUCUUCCCCUUCUACCGCAACCACAACACUUUGGGGGCCAUCUCGCAGGAGCCGUACGUGUGGAGCAGCGUGGCCGAGGCGACGCGCACCGCCAUGAGGAUCCGCUACUCCUUGCUGCCGUACCUGUAUACGCUCAUGUGGUUGGCGAAUCUUGAGGGGCGCACCGUCAUGCGCGCCCUGGCGUGGGAGUUCCCCGACGAGCCGUGGCUGGCGGACGCGGACCGGCAGUUUCUGCUCGGCGACGCGCUCAUGGUCGUGCCGUGCCUCGAACAGGGGGCCACUACGGUCAAUGGCGUGUUCCCAGGCGUCGGGGCCGGGACGGUCUGGUAUGAUUGGUACACUCGCACGGCGGUGACGGGCGUUGGGCCGGGUGAGAACGUCACGAUCGAUGCGCCGCUGGGGCAUAUCCCGCUGUAUGUGCGCGGCGGCAGCGUGGUGCCGAUCCAGGAGCCGGGUAUGACAACGUGGGAGAGCAGGAGGAACCCGUGGGGCCUCAUUGUGGCGCUGGAUGAGAACCAGGCUGCGAAGGGGUGGCUUUAUCUUGAUGAUGGCGAGAGCCUGGAGCCGAUGACUUCGAGCGAGAUUCGCUUCACCGCCACGAGCCGGUCCCUCUCCGCGGAAUCGCUCCUCGGCAGCGACUACAUUGACGACAACACCUUUGGCAACGCCACUAUCAUGGGUCUGGCCAAGAAGCCUGUCAGGGUCUGGCUGAACAGCCACGCGCUUGACUCUGGGCACUGGACGUAUGAUCAGGACAGUGCUGUGCUGCUGUUGCAUGGGUUGAAUCAGUUGUUCCCUCAGAGAGUGUGGGCGGAGAGUUGGGAGAUCAAUUGGGAGUGA